AUGUUCCAUACAUUUAAUCGGUUUGAAGGUGUCCAGGGUGGUCAUUCUGUGGAUAUCAAGUGCGAGACUAUAGAAGAGACGUCCCUGAACCGACGUUCCCCCUCAAACUCUACCUGCACUUUCUUAGAUACUCAACAUCGCACCGUUUCGUCCUCGCCUGUUACCCUUCGGCGUUAUUCCUCUCCUGGUGCUCGUUCAAGACGGACGCACCUCCAAUCAUCAAGCCUUCGACAGGCUCACUCAAAAAGGGAUUCCCGUAAAAUUUCUGACCGCCGCGCGAAAAUGUCCCAUCCUUUUUCGUCGAGGGGGACGCCUAGUAGGAUGCUUUACUCUCAAUCGGACACCCCUGGACGGAGGUCUGUGGACAAUGGACAACGCGUCAUGCAGUCACCGUCUCACGCACUGCCAAGCACUUUUAUCCAAUCUCAUGGAAGCAUGGAUAUAGGCCCACAAGCGUCUGGUUCCAGCUUGGCUCCGACAUCAAGCCUGUCUGGUGCCGUUGGGGAUAUGAACAUUUCCCCGCACUCAUGGAAUGCUGUAACCAGAACUUACUCAAAUGCACCGACAUCUUGGGUGCCUAAUAUUCCACCAAACGUGCAAUCUCAUAUUCAUUCCACCAUCCCCUACAAUACCAAUCCUACCACGGAUCUUAAUACUGCACCACACCCUAACCAUCUAUCCGCCACACCGAGGUCUCCGCCAUUUGCCCACACCUACCCGAACCAAAUGACCUUCCAACAAGACCGUUCUUCUCAAAACUCUCCUGCCGUUAUACAGGGCCGCCCAGGAUCUCGGAUGUCAUUAGAUCAGUCUCGCCGCCCUUCACAGGAUGCCAUCGAAGAGGAGAACAAAUACCUUCGAAAGAGGGUGAAAGACCUUGAGCUAGACAACGAGAAAGGUCGUCAACGUAUCGGAGAGCUUGAAGCAGAAUUAGCAGACCGCAGCAUCGCAGGCCCUUCAAUUAGACACCCAGAGCCGUCCAUGAGUACAGCUACCCCUGGAGUGACUAGUACACUGCGUACUCCUACUCCUGCGGCCGUGCAGGCAUCCUGGAAAGCUCGGACGGAGGCUCGCAUACGGCUUUUCUGUUCUUUGAAUCGUGCUGGAAACGCGUUAUGCUCCUGGCACGACUCGCGUCGGGAACGUCGAAUAUACCCACCUCGUAUGGCCCCUCUUGGCUAUUUAAACUGCGGUUGCACAUAUGAAGAGGCACUUUUUGAAGAAAGUUUGUCUCGUCAUGGUGUUGGCAGCUACCACCCUGGAGAGGCCGUCCGUAUGGACCCUGCCCUUCGUAACCCUCUCCUCAAAUUAUUGCAGGAGCGAUAUGAAUACAGGGAUGGUGACUUCGAAAGAAAUCCGACAACAGGGGAUUGGGAAAGUGAUGAGGGAAGCGUCUUGUGGGAGCAGAAACUGCUCUCAGGUGCCUCUAACUCUAGGAAAAGAAGCGACGAUCGUCGGUAG